CCCCUCUCCUCUGGCAUCCCGUCCUCUGAAGCGUGGCUUUUGGAAUUUCUAGCAGUUUGAACUUUUACCUUUUUUGGGGGGGGGGGGAAGUGGAAGACUUUGUAACUCUUUUGCAAAGGAGUAUUAUUUAGAACUUGUGUCUGAUAUUUCCUGACGUUCCUUUGAAAAGCCACAGUACCAUUUGUGAACCAGUUGAAAAGGUGCUCAGGUGCUGACCCAUUGUCCGUUAUCUCGGACAUCUGUGGCCUCCGCGACAACAGCAUUUGACCAACUGGACAUUCCUUCUUAGUUUUCAUUCACGCCAAAGCUGUCCAGCCGGACCCUUCAUCUGACGCUAUGCAGGUGUCGUUGGUGUGUACGGACCACCGGGGCGUUAACCGGAGCACGGAGGAAAGACUGAACCGGCAGAAUGCCAACAGCCCCAACAUGAGCACCAAGAGCAAGUUCCGAGCCGUGGCCAUGGUUGCCCGCAGCCUUGGCCAGCUGUCAGUCCAGAACAUGCCCUCCUCCAGCGACCAGAGCAUACGCACCGGCAUGAAAUAUAGAAACCUGGGCAAGUCUGGACUGAGGGUGUCCUGUCUGGGAUUAGGCACAUGGGUUACCUUUGGCGGUCAGAUCACAGAUGAGGUGGCCGAGGAGCUGAUGACAUUGGCAUACGAGAACGGGAUCAAUCUGUUUGACACAGCAGAGGUCUAUGCUGCAGGGAAGGCUGAGGUUGUUUUGGGGAAUAUCAUUAAGAAGAAAGGAUGGAGACGGUCCAGUUUGGUCAUCACUACCAAAAUCUUCUGGGGAGGAAAAGCAGAAACUGAAAGAGGGUUGUCGAGAAAACACAUUAUUGAAGGUUUAAGAGCAUCACUAGAGAGACUUCAGCUAGAAUAUGUGGAUGUAGUCUUUGCCAACAGACCAGACCCCAACACACCUAUGGAAGGAGACCCAUUUUACACAUCAAAGUCCAGAACAUUCAUCAUAGAAGAGACUGUACGAGCAAUGACCCAUGUGAUCAACCAGGGGAUGGCCAUGUAUUGGGGCACCUCACGGUGGAGCUCCAUGGAAAUCAUGGAGGCGUACUCUGUGGCACGGCAGUUCAACUUGAUCCCGCCCAUCUGCGAGCAGGCAGAGUACCACAUGUUCCAGAGAGAGAAGGUAGAGGUGCAGCUCCCAGAGCUCUUCCAUAAGAUAGGUGUAGGUGCGAUGACGUGGUCCCCAUUAGCUUGUGGUAUCAUCUCAGGGAAGUACGACAGCGGGGUACCCCCGUACUCACGGGCCUCGCUUAAGGGUUACCAGUGGAUGAAGGAAAAGAUCCUGAGUGAGGAGGGGCGUCGUCAGCAGGCGAAGCUGAAAGAGCUGCAGGCCAUCGCAGAGCGACUGGGCUGCACUUUGCCCCAGCUCGCUAUCGCUUGGUGUCUGAGGAAUGAAGGAGUAAGCUCUGUUUUGUUGGGAGCAUCCAGCGUAGACCAGCUGAUGGAAAAUAUAGGAGCAAUACAGGUUCUUCCAAAGUUGUCCUCCUCCAUUGCGCAUGAGGUGGACAGUAUCCUAGGCAACAAGCCCUACAGUAAAAAGGAUUACAGAUCCUAGAGUUCGACUGUUGAUGGACGGAGCUCCAGGCUGCCUAUUCCUGUCUUCGCCCCAGCUUCUUUUGAAUGAAACAGCAGGAAACAUAUAGCCAUUGAACAGGGUGGGAAUGUCUAUUAGAAUAUGCAGAAAUCUUUCUCUCUCCCAACCCCAGACACAGAGCAGAAGUGGGGUACUCUCUGUACCAUUGGAUUAAGCAGAUAUGUUUGUUUAAUUAUUUCAUUUGGCUUCUUUACAAGACAAUUUGAUUCAUUGUAAAGCAGGGGUUUAAAUGCACUUCAUGAAAGUAUUUAACAAUGAAGUAUAGUAUAUAUAUAUCCAAGAAAGGUUUUCAAAAGUUAUUUGCUGUAGUUCCUCAACAGUCAAUCUAGCACUUUAGACCAAGGCAGGAAGUUAUUUUCAUAUUAAACCAAAGCUUUUUAAACUGCACCAUGAAAAAUCCAUAGAUAACAAAAUGUGUGGCAAUGCACUAUUCUGUAUAGUAAAUUGUAUUUGGCCAUGUGCCUACAUAGGGUGCAGAUUAAAAAAGAAGUACUGUAAGUAUCAUGUAGUAUGCAUAUCAUGCAUCCAGAAAAUGAUUCAUUCAAGCAUGGGUAUGCUUUGAUAUUUAAUGCACAUACAGUCCACAACAUCCAUUGAAGUGUUGUAGUGACAGUUUCAACUGUUUCAACAUUUGGCCUGCCAUAGCCUCCCUUUCCUGUUACACGUGGCUGCUUUUACAGGUGUGUGUCUAGUUUCAUUCUUACCUAGUGGUAAUGUCAUAAAAUAGCUCAAAUACAUGAAACUGAAAAUAAAACCACCCCAUUGGAAAGGGUAAUGUUGAAACCCUACCACUGACUGAAAUGGUCUGAUAGUGAUGUGUCCUGUUUUGUCAUUCUAUCCCCACUGUUCCAUCUCUUAGUGUCCAGCGCACGCUCCACGACUCACCCUAAGAUUGUGGACCAACUAACAGUGUGCUACAGUGUUGUCUUUCACAGAGCACGUAGUGAGCACAUUCUUGCCUCAAUAACUCUUGUCACUUUCUAUAAAAAACUGUGUAUCGGGUACUUGCAUGUGCAAUUUAGUUUUUCAACAUUUACUGUAUCCAAAAGUGCAGAUUUUGAUUCCUUGUGAAGUUUCCAUACAUUGGUACAGUCCCAUUAUUUGUUGUAGUUUCAACAACAACAAAAUCUAAUCAAGACACAAAAUGAUAGAUGGAUGAGAGAAAGAAAUGUAUGCUGUUGGUAAUUCAUUUACAGCAGUUAGGUAUGUAUGUGUGUGUCUGUGUGUGUGUGUUUAGCUCCCUGUAGAGUUUCUGUUACUGCUAUAACCGGACAUGAAAACAGUUCACACCGCCAAAGCCAAAGAUAAUACAAAUUCCCUUUAUAAUGUACGUACCGCCCCUAACAGGCUACUUGUGCAUACAAAACUACAUGUGAAAUUGAAAAAGUUGAAAUUUGCAACAAGUUGGUUGUGAAAGACUUUGUGUUUAAGAUGAAAGCAUUCACUACAGUGUAUAUGGCCAAAAUGAUGUGGACACCUGCUUGUCAAACCUGUAAUUCCGAAAUCAUGGGUAUUGAUAGGCAUUUGGUCCCCACGUUGUUUCUACAUCUGUCUCCACUCGUCUGGGAAGGCUUUUCAGUAGAUGUUGUAACAUGGAUAGGGGAUAUGCUUCCAUUCAGUAACAAGUUCAUAUAGGUCUCCACAUACUUUGGGCCAUACAGUGUAUGUGUUCAUCUGAUUUACAUCUGUUGAGUGCAUUGUGUGUGGUUCCCGUUUUCAUGAGGACGGGAACCAAUCAUGGGAUUUUUCUGAUUGAGGUUGAUCACGCUUACGUGAUAUUGUUCAAAUAAAUGAACAAUUCUUUAGUAUUAUUCUCUCUUCUGGUAGUUUAACACAUACAGUAUAUGACAAUAAACUGACUAUGUCAUGUUGUGGACAGUACUCACUAACUUGUACUGUAUCUACACAACCUGAUCCAUGUCCCACUCAAUUUUAAAAUUACCUCAUUUAAAAGGACAUUUUGCAAAGUGGGAAACCAAUGAAUAUGGAUUGGAGACUGACAACACAAAUCUGCCGCAUUUUCUAAAGGCUAUGGAAAAGCAAGCAUGGAUGUCAUACUGCUUGACCUCUGCCAAUAGUAAUGUUGUACCAAGUACUGCAGAAGGUACCUUGUUAUCACAUCCUCACUAAACAACUAGUUUGGAAUUGAUCUAUAGUUACCAAAUAUUUACCAAGUAAAAAGAAGAAAAUAAGCAUUUUAACAAUAUUGUUACCCAUUUUGAUAGUAAAAUAGUUGCCAUUCCAAUUCACCAGCUCCAGACAGAAAUGAGCUGACCACUGGGCCUCAGGUGCUGUAUGAACAUUCUGAUUAGGCCUUUAGGCUAGCUGAGCUUACUGUUCAACUGAGAGGUUAAAACCAUGCACUCAACUGUUGGAACUAGUUUGUGGAAUGGUACACAACUCAAAUGUAGCACCGUCGCUAUUGUAGUGUUGAUACAAGAUCAGUCCUUUUUGGACCACUCAUUUUUGGGGCAUGGCAUAGCCGUCUUAUUUAUCUUACGUGCAAAUGUUUGAUACAGUUUGUCCAACAGACCUAUAACUUACAGUAUGAAAUCUUGUUGAAGGUGGUACUGUUACUGAUCGCCUUGUAGUCAAAAACCCUCUUUGCUCUCAGCAAAGCUCAAAACCGAGUUACACAAAGUGAGCGUGUGUGCCUGCGUGCAUAUGUAUGCCCUUGUGUAUUAUAUGGCUGGUGUGUGCCAUGUUUUGUGUUGAGUAUACUGUAGUAACGGAAACUGGUAGGGCAACAGUUCUAUUUGUUGCAUGUUGCAUUUUUCAAAACCACUACUCAUUGCCCUGGUCUGUGGAGUUCAGAGGCAUGUUGAUGAUGAUGACCACUAUGUCACAGAAAUAUAAAAGAUUCAAGAAACACUAAGAUUUUGACAUGUAUAACCAUAUAAACAAUUUCUGUUAAGUAAAGGUUUCAUGUGUGUCUUCCACAUUAACUGAACAACAUGUGUUUGUCCUAAAUGACCAUACACCAUCCUUUACUGAUCAAGGCAGCUGAAGCAUCGUGACACACAAACAAUCACUGAAGAUAAGAGUAAACGUAAUAAAUGAAAUGUAGAAUGCUACUGCUUUUCAUAAACUGUACUGAUGGUAAACUGUAUC